GCAGGUUUUCUUCACCGGUGGAGAGUGAGAAAUAGAGACUGAAGAUGAGUGAGCUGGAACAGUUGCGGCAGGAGGCAGAGCAGCUGCGAAAUCAAAUCCGAGAUGCAAGGAAAGCAUGCAGUGACACAACUCUUGCUCAGAUCACAACAAGUCUGGACUCAGUGGGUCGGAUUCAGAUGCGAACAAGGCGUACGCUUAGAGGUCACUUAGCCAAAAUCUACGCUAUGCACUGGGGAUCCGACUCGAGGCUACUGGUCAGUGCUUCUCAAGAUGGAAAAUUAAUUAUUUGGGAUAGCUAUACAACAAAUAAGAUGCACGCCAUUCCCCUGAGAUCCUCCUGGGUGAUGACCUGCGCGUACGCCCCGUCCGGGAACUACGUCGCCUGUGGUGGAUUGGACAACAUCUGCUCCAUAUACAACCUGAAAACCAGGGAGGGCAACGUGAGAGUGAGCCGAGAGCUGCCGGGGCACACAGGAUACUUGUCCUGUUGUCGCUUUCUAGAUGACAACCAAAUUGUCACUAGCUCAGGAGACACCACUUGCGCUUUGUGGGAUAUUGAAACUGGUCAACAGACCACCACGUUCACUGGCCAUACUGGUGACGUGAUGAGUCUCUCUCUGAGUCCAGACAUGAGGACUUUCGUUUCGGGUGCCUGCGAUGCCUCCUCAAAGCUUUGGGAUAUCCGAGACGGAAUGUGCAGGCAGUCGUUCACCGGGCACGUGUCGGAUAUUAAUGCCGUUUGUUUUUUCCCUAAUGGACACGCAUUUGCCACCGGAUCCGAUGACGCCACUUGCCGGCUCUUCGACCUGCGUGCGGAUCAGGAGUUAAUGAUGUAUUCGCACGACAACAUCAUCUGCGGGAUCACUUCCGUAGCCUUCUCCAAAAGCGGCCGCCUCUUGCUAGCAGGUUACGAUGACUUCAACUGCAACGUGUGGGACACGCUGAAAGGGGAGCGAGCGGGUGUCCUUGCUGGCCAUGACAACCGCGUCAGCUGUUUAGGUGUCACUGAUGACGGCAUGGCUGUAGCUACGGGGUCUUGGGACAGUUUUCUCAGAAUCUGGAAUUAACUUGGAGCCAAACAUGUACAUUCUCCAUUUGAGACCUGGAGAGAUCAAUGCUGCAGCCUAUAGCUGUGAAAUAACAUUUCUACCUUGUAUUUGCAGGUGAAGUUUUUCUAUUCACUGAUUAUUACACAAAAAAGGCUUUCUGUAAACUAGAAAAAAAAAAAAUCAAGUGAAGAAAUAGGGGAGGGGGGAAGAAAUCACUGACUUUUUAAAAGGGGCCAGCACACGUGAUCAUGGUGACCGACAGACUA